ACAAAACUUGGCUCCGGAUUGACUGGAGGAUCUCCUGGUUCUGGUUUCCUUCCAAGAAAUAUUGACAUCAGGAUACGCACAGGUUCAUUGAUGCCGUCAGCCACUGUUGAUCAGAGGGAACCAGCUGGUGCGCAGCAGUCUUCGGUGCAAAACAACCCACCAACUUCUGGUGGUGGAAUUUCCAAUCAGCAAUCGACUCCAGGAGCCUCUGGAAGUCCAUCUUCUACCAGGGAAUCUGAAAUCCGGGUGGUUCCUAUCAGGACUGUGGUUGCUGCAGUACCUACUUCUGUCAGGCGCUCCCCUUCUGAUUCAUCUCAUGGUUCAAUGGGGUUAUUCUAUCCAGUUCUUGCAAGAGUUCAACAUGUAGCUUCUGGAAAUUUGAAUAAUGUAAGGGCUCCCCAAGCAUCUGAUGAACGUCACCCUGCUGGUUUUGAAUCUGGGCAACAUCAUAAUCCUGAUUCUGCAGUACAACAACAGAACAUUGGACUUCCUGGUGCAGAAGGAAACAUUCCAUCAGGUGAUGGGACAGAAAUUGGUCAAGGGUUUUCUACGCAGAUUCAUGGCGGGCUUGAUCAGUUGCUGAGGUCUAUAUUCCCUGGAGAGCAUAUCCAUGUUGGUGACGUUAACUUCCAUGGAAUGGGUACAAGCUCUGCUGCAGUUCACACAGGAACAACUCAGAGUGCUGCCACUACUCAGGUUGCUGCACCAAGAGAGGGUAAUGAAGGACUGUUCUUGUCUAAUUUACUUCGUCAGAUCAUGCCCAUCAUAUCUGAAAGCACAACAAGUGGGUCAAGUAUUCCAUCAUCUGAGGGAGCGGGCGAUAUUGAGGAUAGAACUACACAAGCAUCCUCAACACAAGCUCAGGACAACUCAAACAGAGGGGCCUCGUCAAGUAGUCGACAUGGCAAUCCACCAUCCUCUCCAAGCCCCAAACGUCAAAGGAGGGAGUGAUUUAUCUCGAGAAUCGCACAGUAAUGAUUUGAGACACAUGACCGAUGCAAUGAGACUUUCAAUCAAGUGUUGUUGGCAUCUUUAUUUGAAGUUCAGAAUACUAGCAUUCCAGUGGAAGCUAUGGUUGUGGAUAUGUGAAGCAGAUACUAGAUAAUUACUCUACAAAGAGAUGAAGAACCCUAGACCAAGAGUGUCUUAUUCCUUUUUCUUUUUUUUUUCUUUUUCUUUUUGGCUUUAGUAUUGUGCUCUUUUGCUUUAGUUUAUGCAAAUUUUUGUUCAUUAUAUUUAAUUAAUUUAUUACUAUUGAUGUAUGGUCUCAGUACCCUCAUAAUACUGUGUAUGUCCAGCUAAAUUAUUUUUAAGAGCUCAACAAAAUCUUUGUAGAUCUUGGCCUAUAUUUGAAAAUUCAAAAUCUAAAA